AUGGCUGUAUCGGCAUUUCCUUCAGCAGGGGAGUCCCCCGACCUCACUCUCCUAAAUGCCGCCCGUCUUUUCACACGCCUCGAGCAUAACCUCCUCUCGCCAGGCGCGGAGCUCCGCACCCUACGCCGGUCCGAGUACCAGCGCAUGCGAGUAACCAAGAACGUCGAAUACGCGCGGACCCUCCUCACCCAACUCGAGCGCUCACUCCCACAAUUAAAGCAACCCGACCGCCGACAUGAAGCGCAGGCGGAAAUUGCUCGUGAUAGGCAGCUUUUGAAGAGAAUGCAAACCGUUCUCGACGAGGAAGAGGCCGAUGCCCACGCAGCUGAGAAUGGUGAGGACGCGGAGGAUGAGGGGGAUGAUGAGUGGAACGAGUUAUUCUCUAAGCCGGUUGUGGAGAAGAAGGUUGUUUCUUCGACGCGAGAAGCCGAUGGCUCGAAGUCAACGGCUCUCUUCACUGAGACGGUCUCUGCUACAGCUACAGCUAAAGCUCCAGCUAAAGCUCCAGCUAAAGCUCCAGCUACGGUUACAUCUACCUCCGUCCCAACGUCUAGAUCUAUACCUACUUCCACACCUACACCAUCAGAACCACCCUCCGCCCUCCGCAACAGACACGCACCAACCACAGCAUCUAAAGCCCCCGCCGCGAAAACAACAGGAAGCAGCACAACCCCAGAAGACCCUAAGAUCGCCGCAGAAAAGGCCCUCGAUGACGACCGCUCCGAACAAGAAGACCUUACCAGUUCACUAGUCGCAAUGGCCAGCCAAUUGAAGUCUCAAUCGCAGUCAUUCCAGGAGACGCUGGACAACGAGAAGGACGCGCUGGAUCGAGCUUCGUUGGGCAUGGAUAAGACUUCGUCGACGAUGGAGGCGGCGGGGAGGAGGAUGGGCAUGUUGACGCGGAUGUCGGAAGGGAAGGGGUGGUGGGGGAGGAUGAUGCUCUAUGCGUGGAUCUUUGGGCUGUGGAUUGUUGCCAUAUUGAUCGUUUAUGUUGGACCUAAGUUGAGGUUCUAA